CAUAUUUUUGUAAUCAACAGAAUCGUUGCUCUUGUAUGAAGUUUCAUCAAUAUUUUACAGUGAAAAUGAGACAAACGUUUAUGUACAGUUUAGACUUAUUAGAAAUCACGAUCUUCGGAUCUUUGUAAAUGUAACAGAAGUUUAUAUCAUUCCAAAAUAUAACCUAAGAAUUUUAAAUGAACAAGGAAAUGUCAGAGACCAAAACUGUCAAACAUACUUCCUCGAAGGAUGUUGUUAUAUCCCAUCCACGUGCACGAUUGAAAGCUCUUUCAGACUUUGCAUCCGCUGUAGUAAUGGACUGCAACACUCCACCACAAAGGUAUUACCGCUCUGGUGUAGAGAUGAUCAGAAUGGCAGACAUGUAUAUGAAAGACAAUGAUCUCAAUUGUGCAUAUAUUUUAUAUAUGAAAUUCAUCACGAUAUUUGUGGAGAAAAUAAGGGAGCACCCACAGUAUAAUUCAGUGCCACUGAAGGAUAAGGAACUGAAUCAACAAACUUUACGUACAGUGAUUCCUAAAGCUGAAAAAUUAAAAAAACAAUUAUUAGAGCAAUAUCAAGCCGAAUACGAGAAAUCUUUAGAAGAUGAAAAAGAGAAGGAGAGACUGAAGCAGCAAGAGUUAGAAAAGUUAAGGGAAGAGGAAGAGAGGAAAAACAAACUGGCUACGUUAGCAGCUGUUAGAGCAGCAAAGUCUACGAGUACAACUGUAGUGUCCCCUGAAGAAAACAGGUUGAAAAAAGUUCCUAGUAUAGCACCUAAACCAUUGAUAAGCACAUCUACUGAUAUAGUUGCACAAACAUCUAAAGACAAAAGGACACCUACUAUAGAUCGUUCAACAAAGCCUUCUGUGCUUAUGAGUGGCAAUCAUUCUUUACGGGACAUGGUGUUGCCAACUAAGUUAAUGCAAAAUUUUCUGAUGCUGGCUUUCAGUAAUACCACGAAUAAUAAAGAGACUUGUGGCAUUCUCGCAGGAAAACUAGAAAGAAAUAAAUUAUUAGUUACCCAUUUAUUGAUUCCUGAACAAACCGGAUCUCCCGAUUCAUGUGUAACAUAUAAUGAGGAAGACAUAUUUGAUUACCAGGAUCAACAUAACUUGAUUACCCUUGGUUGGAUACAUACACACCCUACACAGACUGCAUUUCUGUCUAGUGUUGACCUUCAUACACAUUGUGCAUACCAACUUAUGAUGGCAGAAGCAAUUGCUAUUGUUUGUGCACCAAAAUAUGAUGAGACGGGAUUUUUUACUUUAACUCCAGAGUAUGGAUUAGAUUUUAUUGCUAAUUGUAGAGAGUCGGGAUUUCAUCCACAUCCAACAGAACCACCACUAUAUACGAAAGCAAAACAUUGUAAACUAGAUGUAACAGCAAUGUUAGAAGUGGUGGACUUAAGAAGAAAAUGA